UCGAUCUGAAACUACGUGCGUUCGGCCCAGGAGAAGAAGUCCAAAAAAAUAACAAUCAAAUCAAAUCGAGUGUCUCCUGUGCCGAUCGCCGGCGGUCGUUUGAAACGUCUUUUAUUUUUCAAAUUCCCGACAGUUGACGACACGUCCAUUGAAAAGAAGUUUUCAACGCAGUUUAUUCUCAACAAAAGAAAAAAGAAUAAACGACCCGAUUUCGGUGGGUGGGAGGUGUAUGAAGAAAAAAGGGAGAAAGGAGAUUGGUCGCUGCGUGUUUUGCACGAGUUUGCGUGUGCGGGACUGGCGGCGGCGGCAGCGCUCUUGUUGUUCGGUUGUUGCCGUGUACGUGUGUGUGAACGAGGAGGGCCCUACCCUUUUUUUCUUUUUUUUAUUUUUCUUUUUUUCCUUUUUUGUCUGGGGUUCCUUUUGUGGAGUUGUUUUUCCAGUGGUGGUGCUGGUGGCCGUCUAUCGGUGGCGGCAGCUAGCGGAAGGCGGCUUCUAUCUGGUUCUCCAGUGGCUCGAGAGCUCCCUCAUCCCUCCCACCUGAUAGGGUGGCGACCAAUAGGCGAGCAAGACGCUUGUCGGCCGCUCCGAACGGCAGCCAACACAACACGACCAAAAAAGAAGGUACACAAAAAGAGGAAGGGGGAAAAGGUUCCAUCCCCGCCGCUGGUGGUAGAGAGAGCUAGACACACACACACACACAGAGGACAACCCACCCCACCCCCACCCCCCUUCUUCCCAGCCCCAGAGUUUUCUCUAUGACUACCUCCAGCUCCCGAGCGGAUCAGUUCAGAAAGCGGCUCACCUCCGCUUUUAACAGUGGCCUCCUCCGCUCGCUCCCAAAUUUUUUUUUAAAGUCUUUGACUUCCACUUCUCGUUUUCUCAUUUCCCUUCUACUUUGGCUUGUUGUUGUUCUUCCAGUUCAUUUGAGAACUUUGAUUCAAACAACCCAGUCGCUUCAUUUUUCGCCAGACUCACACACACACACACACAAGUGCAUCUCUAUUUUUGAGCUGAUUCUCUCAAGUGUUUGAUCGACAUUGAUCUGUGCUCGUUUCGAUCCUGCGACCAAGUGCCAAGCGCCCAGCCAACUUAACCCAACGUUUCGUUGUUUUUGCCGAUGGACAGCGGACUUCACUCACACCAGCGUCCGUCAGUGGACUCAUCCAACUCUCAUUAUUCCAAGGCAGCAGGUUUUGCUGCCGUCUGUGAUGUGGCUACGCCUCUACUGACUCCACCACACACACCCACUUCUUCCGAGUUGAGCAAGCACAGCUUCAACUUUGAGCAGCAGCAGUCCAGCCCGACCGGCCAGCACCACCGCUUGUCGCCUUCCAGCAGCCAGCACCGAGCCACCAUGGAAGCCGCCGCCAAAUCGUUCCCCUUUUUCCUGCCCUUUGGUCUGCCCGGCUUGGCCGGCAUGCCUCUGCCCGCCGGAAUGUCCCAUCUGGCCGUUCACCAAUACGGAAUGAACAUGCGAGAGCCGUCGGCUUUCCGACCGGUCGCCUGCCCGCCCGCCCGCUCAUCCGAAGCGGCCGCCACCUCUUCGACUCCGGCCAACAUGGGGCCGUCGGUGCCUGCCGGCUCUCCGGCGGAAGCCAACAACUCCUCUUCGGCCCGUUCUCCGUCGGUCGAAUCCGAUCUGGCUCGUGAUUACUCGAUGAAGAAGCGACCGGCUCCUUGUGACUCGUUCAGUUCCAAAGACCAGCAGGGACCUGUUGCUCCUCCUCAGCCGGGCCGGCAGCAGAAUUUCCUGCCACCUCACCACAACCCGCAAGCCAUGCUCGAAGCGGCCGCCAUGCUCCAAGGCCUACAGUCGCGCAUCGACUUGGCCCAGCUGGCCGCUCACGCAGCCAAGAACGCCAAGCAGCAAGACGGCGGAGUCAACUCCGGGCCGGCUCCCACCAACAACAACGGCCAGCAGGAUGCCUCAGCCGCCCAGCAAGCCGCUCUGCGCGGUCUCCAGAAUUCUUACGGACUGCAGAACAUCCCUCUGCUGAUGGGCCCGUGGCUCCGCGCCGGCAACCUCCCGCCUUUCUACCCCGGCCAGUACGAUCCUCGUCUCUUCCGCGGACCCGGCCGCGCUUCCCGCCCCAAGAAGCAAUUCAUCUGCAAGUUCUGCAACCGCCAGUUCACCAAGUCCUACAAUUUGCUCAUCCACGAGCGGACCCACACCGACGAGCGGCCCUACUCUUGCGACAUUUGCGGAAAGGCCUUCCGUCGACAGGAUCAUCUCCGUGACCACCGUUACAUCCACUCGAAAGAGAAGCCGUUCAAAUGCGCCGACUGCGGCAAGGGUUUCUGCCAAUCGCGGACGCUGGCCGUCCACCGCAUUCUGCACUUGGAGGAGUCGCCGCACAAGUGCCCCGUCUGCGCCCGCAGCUUCAACCAGCGCUCCAACCUCAAGACGCACAUGCUGACGCACACGGACCUCAAGCCCUACGAGUGCACGUCGUGCAAGAAAGUCUUCCGGCGCAACUGCGACCUCCGCCGCCACAUCAUGACCCACUCGGUCGGCAGCGAAGGCAACGUGACGCUGACGUGCGUUCCGGGCGUCGACGACGACGACAGCGUCGCCGACAGCGCCGACGAGAUCGACAUUGAUGUCGAGGACGAAACGGCCUCGUCUCCCGUCACUUCCGACGCCGAGAGUGGCGUCUGCUCCUCGUCGCUGGACGAAGACAAAUCAUCUCCACACCAUCACCACUCGAUGAGCGGCGGCAAGUUGCCGAAAAAGAGCGGAGGAUUCUCCAUCGACGACAUCAUGAGACGUUGAGACAGAAAUAACAAAACUAAACGAAAAAUCUUCUUCCACCGCCAUACAUCGCCAUUCCGCACGCUUUGAAGAAAAAAGGAAAAAAAGAAAGAAGAAAAGAAGAAAAAUUAUUUUCCAGCAUAAAUUCAGACCUGUCAUUUUGUGUUAUAUAAAGACGGAAAGUUGCUGAUUGCGCAAUUUUUCCUUUUCUUGAUAUGCGGGUCUCCAGUGAUCUCUGCAUUGAUUAUUCUUUCACUUUUCACACCACCCCAAAACUUAUAUACUCUUUUCAUUCUCUCCAAUCGAAUAAAAUAUAAUUCCUUCAGAUCUUGAACAAAAAAACCUAAAAAAAAAAGAUUAUUCCAAAAUUGAGCAUUCCUUGUGUACUACUACUCCUAUACUCCUAUCAUCACAUGUGUGUUUUUUAAUAAUUUAAUUUAUCUCCUUUCCCAGGCGAAUUCCCCAUGUGCCAUGUUUAGAAACUAUUUUUUCCCACUUCGGUUUGGUUCAAUGUUUCCACUCGUCCAAUCGACUCCCCAAUUUUUUAAUAUUACAUAAGAGAUUACUACUACCCAACUGCUAUACCCUAGACAUAUACACAGCUGUACAUUCCCAAUACCCACCUUGAUUUUUAUUUCCCCCCAAGAAAAAAAUAGAAAUGGGGUUCAACUAACUGAGAUUGUACAGAUUUUAUAUGUUACCAUUUUUCAAUGUUUUUGAUUGCUUUUUCCCCCCCACCACUGAAAUCUUUCAAACUUUGACGUCUUUCUAUCCGUCUCUCUUUCUCAUUUGUUAUGCAUGUCCAUGAUUUUCAGUGAAGAAAGAAAACUGAUAAAUAAAAAAAAGAAAUUAUUACAAAUUCAAAACAAA